AUGGUUUCACUUCCCUUAGAUGAUAACAGUGGUGUUAGCACCAUUAAAAGUUAUUUCAAAUCUUUGAAAGAAAAAGCCUCCGAAAAAUCGAAGGUUGUUGUUGCUGGAGGACUUGCAAUUCUUUUAACUAUAAUUAUUUUAUUUCUGACUGGAGCCAUUGGCUACUUAAAGAUAGCCUUACAAUCAAUUGAAGAUGUCUCUGUAUGUCCUUUACUGGAGCCAUUGGCCCCUGCUUCAUUCUACAAAGAUAAUACAACUGUAUUGAGAAUCCUUAACGAUGAGAAAUUUAGAUUGAAGUCUGUACAAAAAUUGUCUGGUGCUGUUCAAAUUGAUACUACAAUUUUCGACAAUCAACCAGAUGUUUCUGAAGAUCCAAAAGUAUGGGAAAAGUUUGCCGACUUUCACUUAUAUUUGCAAACUACAUUCCCUACCGUCUUUGCCUUACUUGAAGUUGAAUAUGUAAAUACUUAUGGUAUUGUUUUAUAUUGGAAGGGAUCAAAUAAAAGCCUCAAACCACUUAUGUUGACUGCCCACCAGGAUGUCGUCCCUGUCCAAAAGGCUACUUUGGGUGACUGGUCAUAUCCUCCUUUUGAAGGUCAUUAUGAUGGUGAAUAUCUUUAUGGACGUGGGUCUUCUGAUUGUAAGAAUGUCUUGAUCAGUAUUAUGGAAACUUUUGAAUUAUAUAUCGAAGAACAAUACAAACCAGAGAGAGGUAUUGUUGCAGCCUUUGGAUUUGAUGAAGAAGCUUCUGGAAUCAUUAGUGCAUCAAAGUUGGCAAAGUAUUUAGAAAAGAAAUUCGGCAAGGAUUCAAUGUAUGCCAUUAUUGACGAAGGGGUUGGUUUAAUUAAAGAUGCAUCCACUGGUCAGAUAGUUGCCGUUCCAGGAACUGGCGAAAAGGGAUACCUUGAUGUUAAGGUUAAUUUGAAGACCCCAGGUGGACAUUCAUCCGUUCCUCCUGAUCAUACUUCUAUUGGCUUAAUGUCUGAAUUGGCCUAUUUAAUCGAAAAAGAUCCUUAUGAACCAAUAUUGACCACAAAGAACCCAAUCUUGAAGUAUUUACAAUGUCUGGCUGUCCAUUCUGGUGAUAAAUUAUCUAAAUUCACAAGAAAAACUAUUUUAAGAGCAGGUUUCGACAAAUUAGCCAAUUCAAAGGUUGUAGAAAGUCUUACUGCAAACCCACUCACUAGAUAUUUGAUUUCAACCGCUCAAGCUAUAGAUAUUAUUAAGGGUGGUGAAAAGGCCAAUGCCUUGCCAGAAUCAGUUCAAUUGAUUGUCAAUCAUAGAAUUGCCCUUGAAUCUUCAGUCGAUGAAACUAAGUCUAGAUUCGUUUCAAGAGUAAAGACUAUUGCUUCAAAGCAUGACUUGGGAUUGGAAAGUUUUGGAGAAACUAUUUUGGAACCAACCACAAAGGGUAACUUUGUUGUUGAUUACAGUAGUAACGCUUUAGAACCUGCACCUGUCUCACCUUCUGAUGACACUGUUUGGAGAUAUCUUACUGGUGUUGUUAGACAUGUAUUUGAAGAUUUGGUUUACCCAGACUUGGAAUAUCCAAUUGUAGCUGCUCCAGGUAUUAUGACUGGUAAUACCGAUACUAGAUACUAUUGGAACUUGACAAAGAAUAUCUACAGAUUUUCACCAUUCUUUUCUAAUGAUAUGAUGAUUGAAAACAAAAUCCACAGUGUUGAUGAACGUGUGAGAGUUGGUGCUCAUUUGGAACUCACAGCAUUCUUUUAUCAAUAUAUCCAAGCAGUUGAUACUCCAGAUGCUGAUAAUAAAUAG